CAAGAUACGUAAGCGCCACGAUUCAAAGUACCAGGGAACGGCGAGGAAGAUUGGAGUAGAAGAAGAAUAGGAGAGUAGAUAAGCGAUUGUUUUGUACCGCAUCAGUAUCCAAACGCCGUCCGCCGCGUGCGUCACCGUCGACAACGAAGGUACCUUAGUUGCUAUAGUUCCCUUGUGAACUUGAUUGUGCUUUGCUUGCUAGCUUGAGCACUGAGAAAAAUAGCCCUCGAACAAACUGUCAAAGAUCUCCAGGCUCAAAAUGCUCAAUUCCAGGAGAUGAUCCUGAGCUUAUCCAAGGGACAGGAGGAGUUGAAGGCUCUCUUGCUCGAGCAGAAGAAAGACAAGAAUCCUGUGAGUUACAUCAACCCAGGAAGAAGGCUUCAAAGAAUAUGCUCAAAAAUGGAGAGAUUUGGCUGGCAGAGUCAAACCCCUUAUGACUGAUCGAGAAUUAGUGGACAUGUUCAUAAGUACACUGACUGGCCCAUUCUACAGCCAUCUACUGGGAAGUUCUUCAUCGGGUUUCACUGAACUUAUAUUGACAGGUGAACGUGUUGAAAGUGGUAUUCAAAGUGGAAAGAUACAGACGGCUACCUCUGCAAGCACCAAAAGGUCCUAUCAGGCUAGGAACGAAUCAAAUGCUGUGUACAGUCAAAGGGGUCGUAGCAAGAAGAAUCGUGACCAUACCAUUGGAGCAGUUACGAUUGCAGCACCGCCAUCUCAAAACUUUCAGCACAGACAAGACAGGCCAAGAAGGAAGUUUACCAAGAUCAAUAUGACUUUAGCACAGGCACUGCAGGGUAUGCUGAAAGCGAAGUUGAUUACCCUCAUAGAUCCUCCUACGAAUCCCAACACUACUUCUCCUCGUUAUAAUCCUAAUGCCAGGUGUGCAUAUCACUCCGAUAGCCCCGGGCAUGAUACAAACGAUUGUUGGUCAUUGAAGAAUAAGAUUCAGGAUAUGAUCGACGCGGGAGAAAUUGAAUUUGAUCCUCCAGAGACUCCUAAUGUCAUCACUGCACCUAUGCCUAACCAUGACAAGACUGUUAAUGCUGUGGAUGACAAUUCUCACAUUUCUAAUGUAGCUGACUUAGCAUCUCCACUCCUGACCAUCAAGAAGAAGUUAUUGCAAACUGGUUUAUUUCCAGGUUGUGCUGAAAAUUGUGAUCUCUGUAUACUCCGACCAAAUGAUUGUUUGAAGUUGAGAAAUGGUAUUCAACGGCUGAUGGACGAGCGUACAAUUCUCUUUGAAAAGAUUCCUAAGGUGGAAAGCUCUAUUAAAGAAAUAUCUGUGAUCGCUAGGUCCAAAGUUCCAGUGAAGAUUACCGCUACUAGAGUGCCGGUGAAGAUUACUGUUGAGCCCAAGGUAGCUCCCCUAAUCAUUACCGCACCUGGCCCAGUACCGUAUUCCUCAAGCAAAGCCAUUCCUUGGAAUUAUGGAGGUGAUGUUUACAUCCAUGGCGUGAAGCAAGAUGAUAAUCCUGCUAAUCCUAAUGACGUUGACAUUGUUGGGACUAGUAGAAUUACUCGAAGUGGAAGGGUCUUUUCUCCAGAAAUCUCACCUCCCAUCCCGGAACCGCGAGGAAAGGAACCAGUCAACCCUUCUCAGUCAGAGACACCGGUCGAAGUUACUACCAAAGAUGUUGCCAAACAAGAAAUGGAAGAAGUGCUGAAAAUCAUCCGCAAGAGUGAUUUUGAUGUGGUAGAACAGUUGGGGCAUACCCCGUCUAAGAUCUCGAUGUUAUCCUUGUUGUUAUCUUCUGAAUCUCACGCCAAUGCCUUGAUAAAAUUCUUGAAGACUGCUCAUGUACCUCAGGAAACAUCUGUCGAUCAGUUCGAAAAUUAUGUUGCUCACUUGGCAGUCGACAAUGGCCUAGGCUUUUCCGAUGCUGACCUGAAACCAGCAGGAAAGAAUCACAAUAAAGCUCUGCAUAUCUCCAUUGAGUGUAAAGGAAUCACCUUGUCUCAUGUGCUGAUCGAUAAUGGCUCUUCUUUGAAUGUGCUACCGAAAGUUGUGCUCGAUAAACUGGACUGUAAAGGCAUUGAAUUGAAACCUAGUGACGCUGUGGUGCGUGCUUACGAUGGUGCAAAGAGCGUUGUCCACGGUGAAGUGGUCCUCCCUAUCAAGAUAGGACCUCAAGUCUUCAACACUAUCUUUCACAUAAUGAACAUUCGUCCUGCCUAUUCCUGCUUGCUGGGACGCCCUUGGAUUCAUGGGGCAAGUGAUGUAGCUUCGUCUCUCCAUCAAAAGCUGAGGUAUCCAAUAGAGGGUAAGAUCGUCACUGUGUGUGGGGAAGAAGAGUAUAUUGUCAGUAGUGUGCAUACCUUUAGAUAUGUCGAGAUGGAUGGUGAAUUCUUUGAGACUCCGUCUCAGUCAUUUGAAGUAGUUCCUCCGACUAAUCCUGUCCUUAAGCCAACUUCCUGUGUGCCCAAGGUUGUUCGUGCUCCUCCUACUAUGAUUUCUCUGAAAGAUGCUCAAGCCGUGGUUGAAGAUGGUGGUCGUACUGGCUGGGGUCAACUGAUCAAUGUACCGUACAAGUCUGAUAGAUUUGGCCUGGGAUUUAGCUCUGAGAAGGUAGUCAAGGAUCAGAUUAAUGCUAUAGAAGAUGCUGACAGCGAUUGCGACCUGGAUAGCUGGAUCUUGCCUGUGUGGUUUCGUGUGCGUGUUAGCCGAGCUACGAAUGCUCUGAUUCUCCUUCGUCCAAGGAGAUACGUAUGCAUAGGAUGCGACAUCCUAGCGAGCAUGUUUUCCCCCAGUCCGAACUACUUUGACUCUGAUGUCUAUGCUUGAUAGACUAAGUAGGCCCAGGAUGCGAUAUCCUGCCGAGUCAGUCUUGUUUGUUUUCUUGUGUCUCUUUCAGCCUGUGUAGAUGAUUGUUUAUGAGCAGUGUUUUAGCAACCAUAUUCCUUCCUUUUGUGCGUGGAUCCCGUCGAGUACGACGGAUGCGUAGGGGUGCUAAUACAUUCCCUUCGCAUAACCGACUCCCGAUCCCAUUCUCUUUGGUCGCGAGACCAUGUCUUUUCCAGGUUUACUUCGAGCGUUUCCUUUCCCUCUUUUGGGAUAAAUAACGCACGGUGGCGGCUCUGUUGUUUCGUUUUCCCGCCGGUUUUUCGCGUAAUGCGACAGCUGGCGACUCUGCUGGGGAUUCUAGAGAAGUUGACCUCUUGCUGGUCCAUCUUCCCUAAGCGAGUCUCUCCUAGCGUUCUCUAGGUUAGGGUUUUGGUUGCUUUGUGCUAUUAUUUAUUGCAUCCAUUUGUAUAUAUGUGCAUUUAUCGUUUGCAUUUAUUGUUUGCAUUAAUGUUUGCAUUCAUUCAUAUUCAUCUGCUGGUUGUGCUGUGUCUCUCUGUUUGGGGUGGGAGUUACUCAAGGUAAAAGGCCCAAUACCCAGACUAUGAGUGAAAUCUAGGUACCCUAGGAAUAGAGUGAUUCAUGGGAAGCGAGUGGUAUGCGCCACUUAGCGGAACAUUGAUAUCACGAGCAGUUCAGACCCUGGUGGGAUAUUAUCGUUACAUACUUCGGGUGUGUAUAUGAUGAUAUUCUGCGAAAGGUUAUUUAUGCUGCGUUUCUCUCGACCUUACCCUGGCCUAGAUGACACCCGUGAGUGGGGAGGGAAUGAUCAUUACAGGUACAGUUGCUGAUUUGUUGGUGACUUGUUGGUGACUCUUAGUACUGAUGGUGACUGUGAAUUGUGGACAUUUAUUUCUAGGACGCCAGAGUUCUGUCCGUGGUUUAUCAGCGGAUUCCGUUUAUUUCGGAGCCCCGGGUUGAGUUGGGAGUACUUGUUCAGAGGAUCCGGUUGUCGUCCGUUCAGUGGAUGUUCCUGUGAUGAUAUUGAUGUAAUCUCCGGUUCCGUUUAUUUCGGAACUCCCCAAGUUGGAUUUAUGGUGACCUAGUCCUUCAGAUAACUGUGAUUGGUUCAGAGACUUAAUGGGUCUACAGAUGACUUGGUGGCACGGUGGCCUGCAUUCAUGCAUUUGCAUCAUAUCAUUUCACAUUCAUCUGCAUUCAACUCAUGUCUGUCCGUGUUCAGGGUCCAUUACUUUUUAAUUGAGACUAAGGGUGAGAGACAUCCAGAUGUCAGAAUGUUGUUGAUAAAAUUUUAUCUGUCUCGAUGAAACCGGAAUCAAAGGACAGAAUAUUCCUAGUAUGGACAGACAUCGCAUGUGCGAGUCAUACUAACCCAUUUGCUAUUUUGUAGGUUUCAGUGUUCAACCGGGGCGCAUAGCUCGUCUGUUCAGAUAAUUUGCUGGGGUCAGCAAAUCCAAGCUGAUGGAUCUUCCCAACGCCGACAUCCUUGAACUAAAAGAGAUGAUGAGGGACUUGUUCAGUGUUGUGCAAGGGCUUGCCUUGGGGCAGAAAGCCAUGUCUGAGAGAUUGGAAAAGAUUGAGAAGUGGCUGAUAGUGGAGAAAGUUCAGGGGAAGGCUCCGUCCUCCGAAGUGAACAAACCUUCUGGUACUAUAGCAAAGAAACCCUCCGACAGUGGUCCAUUCAAGAAGGAGGUUGAGCCAGUUGGUGUGCCAGCAAAGAAAGAACGUAGUAAAGAUUGUUAUCACCCUUAUGCUGCCACUGUAACCACUCCUGUCAGUAAUCCACCUGCUCAACAGCAACAACUGCCACCUCAACAGAAGGCACCGAGAGCUAAGAGCCAGGUGAAGAAGAAGAAGGAGGAUCGUCAGUUUGAGGAGCCACCCGUGACUUAUACCCUUCUGUUCAAGAGGUUGAGGGAUCUGGGAUUAGUUCGGCCGAGGAUUUUGAUUCCUAUAGAACAGCAGCGGAGGCCUGCAAACUAUGAUGAGAGUGCCAAGUGCGAGUUUCACUCUGGGGCACCCGGACACAACAUUGAGGGUUGUAGAGCUUUUAAGCAUAUCGUCCAAGAUAUGGUGGACUCCAAGACUAUCAGCUUGGCACAGAUAAUGAAUGAGGAUGUCAACCCCGUACCCAGGCAGGGUCCCGUAAAGGUAAAGAUGGUGAAAAAGAACAAGAGAGGAAUGGAAGUGGCUGAGGAGAAUCAGUUAAAGGUUCCAAUGUCUGUGGUCCCAAAAUCUCUGAUGCAGGAUGGAGCUUUCCCUGUUGUUGAUAUUUGUUGUGCGACCGUCACCACAGAAGGGUGUGUAUUGAUGAAAGACACGACCCAGAAGAUGAAGAAAGUAGAAAUGGACGAUGUAAGAUGUAGAGCACCCAGUCUGGCAGUUGAAACCAUCCAGGUGGAGAAUGCUCUUGUUGCUGAGAAAGAGAAGAAGCUGUCCAUUUCUUCUUAUAAACAAGCUCUGGAAGUGGUGAAGAACAAAGAGGCCCAAGGCUGGGGAAGGAUCAUUGACAUAGUGGUAAAAGCAGACAUGUUUGGGGUCGGUUAUCAGCCAGAUCAAGAGUCGUCUAGACCAAACAGAGGAUGUCGUCCACUGUACCCCUUUGUCAGUGCAGGAAUGCUGGAUCCUGAUCAUGCUUGUUCAGUGAGUGAAGAGAUCGACUGUGACCGCGAGCUCGAGUUGUGGAUAAAGUCUUGCGUACCAGGAAACUGGAAGGUCUCCAAAAGCAUUACUGUCACUCAUCCGGAAGUGUAGUAUUUCUGGUUUUUAAUUUUGUUUGCACGAAAGCCAUACGUUUUGCCCGAAACGUAAUGGUCCAUUGUAAGAGCCACCUCAUGUGUUUCAUUUUGCAACAUUUUGCAUCAGUAAUAAAUGGAUGUUUUUGUAGUUAAAAGCGGUGUUCCCUGUUUUUCAUUUAAUUUUGCAGUUUUAAAAAACAAAUAAAUGGCAAUGUUUUUCGUUCUAUUUCCUUUUGAAUUUGUCUCGGUCCAACCUCAAAAGUGAUUACCCUUCUGAUCUCAUCGAUAACAAUUUGGUUACAUCUCUGUAUGACUUCGACAAUCCGAUCUAUCAUGCCAAAGAAGAAGGCGAAGAAGAUUGUGAUCUGCUGGAAUUAGCUAGGUUGUUGAAACAAGAGGAGAAGGUGAUUCAACCGCAUGAGGAGUGUUCAGAAUUGUUGCUCCAAGCACCGUCGAGGUCAGAAAGUGAAUAUUGAGGCUGCUUCAGAGGCAAGUCAAGAACAGGAUGGUAGCCCUGUUGAAAGAGCAGGUUGAUAUGUGUGCCUGGUUGUAUCUAGAUACACCAAGGUAGGAUACCAAUGUUGUGGGUGCACAAGCUACCAUGGAGAGAAGACUGUCCUCCAGUGAAGCGGAAACCGGUGCUGAAGGAUGAGAAUGUGUACGGACCACCAAGAUGCGAGCAGAGCUAAUCUGAAAGAUGAAUUCCUGGUACGUUACAACGAGGUAUCGGUUGAUUAUAUAGCUCGGGUCUCAGUGUUUAUCUUCAUGGAUGGCUUCUCGGCCAAGACCAAAUUGGAUUGCUGCCAGAUGAUAUGAAGUAAACCAUGUCCAUCACACAAGGGGCACCUUCUGGUUAUAAGGUGAUGUCGUUCAGUAUCGAGAAGGCCGGUGCCAAGUAUCACAGGUCUAGGGCGACUUUGUUUCAUGAUAUGAUUCAUCGUGAAAGCGAAUGCCAUGUUGAUGACAUGAUGGCAAAGUCCCAAGCAGAACAGGGGCAUCCGGUAGACCGGGGCAAGUUGUUUGACCGGUUGAGAUAACUCAUACUGUUGAGUCCGAAUCAGUGCAGUUAUGGAGUGCUGUCCAUCAAGCUACCGAGGCUUGUUGGGAGCAGAUAAGAGGAAUCGAGGUUGAUCCUGCAAAAAAAAAAAAAAAAAACACUUGGACCGAAAACGAAUAAAAAAAAGAAAGAGGUCAAACGGUCAGGUAGGAUGAUGAUUGCCAAAGGGCGCGAAAAAAAAAAGAUAAAGGAACCUCUGAUUUUGAUGCUUCCCAUGGGGAUGAUUGUUAAUCAGGUAUUUGACAGCCCUCGAGGGGUCUAUGAGGUGUGUAUUGGGUCAGCAUGACUAGUCGUGUCGAAAAGAGCACGCAAUUUACCUAAGCAAAAAGAUUAUCGACUGUGAAACAAUACACUCACUGUUCGAAAAAACUUGAUGUACUUUGGCAUAGGCUGCUCGCCGACUGAGACAGUGCAUGCUGAUUCAUAUCACUUUGUGGAUGUCCAAAAUGGAUCUGAUCAAGUAUGUGCUUGAUAAGCUAGUAUUGACCGGACGGGUUGCGAGAGGGCAAAGGAGGUUGAUGGGACAUGGUGUUCAAAGUACCUCCUAGAAAGCAAUCAAGAGGAGGGUAUUGUAUGGUUAUCUCGCCCAACAACCCACUGAUGAUUGUCAACCAAGGAAGUCUGAGGUCCCUAAUGAGGACAUCUCGAGGUACUCAAAUCGAAAGAUUGAGAGUGACCGAUCCCGGAGGAGGGGUCUGACCCUGAAUCCGAACGGAUUCUGAUGUCUGAUGGGGAGAGUUUAAAGUGAAUGAGCUAGUGCUUACCCGAUAACAUUUGAACGCACCAAUGGUGGUGGCUGAGUACAAAGUUGGUAUCCUGAGUGUCGUACUUCGGUACGUGCAUCUACUGGGGCAACGCCUUCCUCAUUCAGUAUGGGAUGGAAGUGAUAUUGCCUGCUGGAGGCUAGAUCUCAUUGUGGAGAGUCCGGAUGGAUGAGGAGUUAGCAAAGGGCGAGUGGAUGAGGACUCGGUAUAACGCGUUGAGCCUGACUGAGGCAGAGGACUGACAGUUACUUGUCAUGGGGCAGUGGUACCCAGUAAAUGAAGCGUGUUGUUAACCGAGAAGUGUGACCUCGUGGGUAGCAUGGAAGAGAUGUGGUGUUGAAAAGGGUCCUUCCUCCUCAAGACGAUCGUGGGGCAGGUGGAUAAACAGUUAUGAAUAUCCAUUCGUGGUCAGUUUUCCCAGACCAGACCUUGUUGUUGACGGUCAGUUUUCCCAGACCAGACCUUGUUGUUGACGACCACGGAUGAUGAGGAUUUUCCAUUCCCUGUGAAUGCGGACGCAGUUAAAAAAAUACUUCGUGAAAGAGACCCGCUGGACAAAAAAGAAUAAAAGAGUCCAUGCAAAAAAGGGCAUCCCGGCGAACCAAAGAAAAAAGAGAGAGGUUCGGGCAAAAAUUAGGGAUAUAAAAUGAAAAGAAUUUGUACACCUGGCAAGUUGAAAACCCCGCAAGGGCGACUUGGGCAAAAAAGGGUAUCCCGGUGGACUGAAACCCGAAAGGGCGGUCCAGGCAAAAGAGGGAUUGAACGAACAACUGCGUCCAGCAUGAUCGUUUGAAACAUUGGAAGAUACAUUUGGAUAAUCUCCGACAGAGAUCGAUCGGAAGCGUCUUGUUCAGCAAACAGAAAGUGCAGAAAGUCUUGAGGACAUAUGAGGUGUGACCGAGUUGGAACCCGAUGAGAUCACGGUUUCACAUUGCCAUUAGGAUAGAUUUUUCCUUUUUGUAUGCAAUCACCUCUUUCCAGGGUUUGCUUCCUGUGCGUCGCUCAGUUUUGAGCCACCUUUUGUUUCAGUCAAUAAAGUGUGUGUUCAGUCAAAUAAAUUUUGUUUUUGUGUCAUUACCGUUUUGAUUACGAAAACAUCCGUUAUUUUGAUAAGAAUAUUUGCAUUUUUGAAACAUAGAGAUCCCUUUCGAUGCAUGCUUAUGAGAUUGAAAUCUGGAAAUCUUAUUCGAAAGUUUGAGUGACCUAAGUGUUGAAAUAUUGGAACGCCUGGGGUACGCUUUUAUCUGACGAUCUCUUGUGCAGGUACUGUUAGAUAUCUUCAUUCACUUGCCGGUGGUAAUAUGAACCCUUUUGACAAGAGAUCCCUGCAGAACCUGAUCAGGGGCAAGGGAUAGAUGAACGGUGAAAAGACGAUGAAGGAUUACGACGACGAUCCUGGAAGGAUAAUCAAGAAGACUCUUCAAAGUCUGAUGAUUGGAAAGUAUGUGUGAAUCCCAGGAGUUCGAUCUCCGUGGAGUACGAAGGAGUUGGGAAUACAAGAUGAUGGAGCAGAAAAGUCCAGAUGAGUCUGGGAGAUUAUUAAAAGUGGAAAGUCGACACUGUGGGUGGAUGUUGAAUACCAGUGUUCGAACAAGUCGACCGGCAUCCCAUGUCAAACGAGCCGUAUCUCUCCAGUGGGUUGAGAGUGUGAUCUCCCCGACAGAUCCGAGAUCGGUGUCUCCUCAGCGAGCCUGAAGGUUGUCACGUCCCCCAGUGGGAGUGUCAGGGGCAGAAUGUUUCUCAGGGUGGAGGACGUUUCCCCAGCCCAAACCAGUUUGAGAGCUGUCAGAGCUAUGUUCCCCUGCAGAGAUGUCUGUGGAUAGUACCUUCUUUCCCCAGCAGAUCUAAGGAUUUCCUAUCCCCAGCAGGCUUGUGUUGCAGAUUCCCCCAGUGGGUGUAUUCCCCAGCGAAUAUUUCCCCAGUUGAGGUUCCCCGCUGAGUGCCUGGCAGAUGUUAUCCCCAACGUGGACGUGAGCGCUCAUCCUCGACAGAGUUGUGGAUGUUUCUCCCCCAGCACAGGGUCUGGUAUGGUGGUUUCCCACACCAGAGUUUUGCUCUUCCUCAGCAGAGAGGUGUGUUAUCCCCAGCAGGGUGGAUUUCCCUAGCAGAUCUCCUGAGUAGAGAUUGGUGUUGUUUUUUCCUCAGCAAAUUCCCCGAGUGGAGCGGGUUUAAAGAAAUAUUUCUCCAACAGAGUUCAUCCUACUUGUGGGUUGGACAAGUUUUCGUAGCAGAUUGAUAUUUGCAUCCCUAGCUGAGUUUAUCCUACAUGUGGAUUGGAUGGGUCGUCCCCAGCGGAGUAGCAGUUAUUCCUCAUAAGCAAGGUUUAUCCUGUCUAAGGGUUGGUUGAGUCUUCCCCAGCGAGGUCGCUUUAUCAUUCCCCAACAAGAGUCUCCUCGCAGAGCAUUUCUUCAGGCAGAGUCUCCCCACAGAGUUGGAGUAUCUGAUCGCUCGGCUCCCCAGCCAGUUUUGCAUUGUUGCAUGUAGUAAUCAUUGCAUCCUCAAAAUGCGUAGCAUUUCCAUUUUAUAUGGAGCAUUACGCCACAGGAAAAUUCAAACAUAUGCAUUCAUGUGUUCGAAACCCAUCAGACCGUAUCCCCGGCAGAAGCGGAUCUUUGUUCAACCUGUACGGCACGUUUGCUACAGUUGCUCCAGUCAACAUUUGGUGGUGACAAUCCCCACAGAGGUUUAUUUCCUCAUCCGUUGGUGAAAGGAAAGCCUGUUUCUCCCCGGUGAGACCCCCUGCAAGUGUUCAGCCUUGCCCUGUCAUCUUGCAGAUGUCAGUAUCCUGUCGACACCCGUGUGUGUUAUUUUUCUUUGGUAUCGGUAAACACCAUCUUUCGGUGAUUUCCCAGUCAUGCGUAAGUGUCUGGUUUUCUUUGGUGUCGGUAAACACCAUCUUUCGGUGCUUUCCCAGUCAUGCGUAAGUGUCUGGUCUUCUUUUGAUGUCUGUAAACAUCAUCUUUCGAUGUUCGUAACGUCGUCCUCCUUCCCGAGUGAAGUAUCCUCCUCUCCGUUGGUGUCGAUAAACGUCGAGUUUUUCCCGAUCAUUCGUCGAUGAUUUGGUUGUGUUCAUUAUCCCCAGAAGAAUCCUCCUCUCCGUUGGUGUCGAUAAACGUCGAGUUUUUCCUAUUCGUCCUAUGACGUCUAGUUGUACCCUUCCCCAUGCGGAUUUACCUCUCCGUUGGUUUCGAUAAACGUCGAGUUUUUCUCAUUCGUCCGUUGACGUCUGAUUGUAUACCCCAUUCCCAGUCAUUCAUUAAUGUCUGGUCGAUUCCCAGCCAGAAUUCCCCGUAGAGUCGUCGUUGAACGUCCUAUUUGGUUUCCGGUUGAGUCUCCCUUUCGUCCGUUGACGUCUGGUCGAGUUUUUCUGGUCGUCCCCAGUUGAUUCUCCUUCUCCGUUGGUGUCGAUAAACAUCGAGUUUUUCCUAUUCGUCCUAUGACGUCUAGUUGUACCCUUCCCCAGUUGGUUACCUCUCCGUUGGUUUUGGUAAACGUCGAGUUUUUCCUGGUCGUCCCCAGUUGGUUACCUCUCCGUUGGUUUCGAUAAACGUCGAGUUUUUCCUGGUCGUCCCCAGUUGGUUACCUCUCCGUUGGUUUCGAUAAACGUCGAGUUUUUCCUGGUCGUCCCCAGUUGGUUACCUCUCCGUUGGUUUCGAUAAACGUCGAGUUUUUCCUGGUCGUCCCCAGUUGGUUACCUCUCCGUUGGUUUCGAUAAACGUCGAGUUUUUCCUGGUCGUCCCCCAGUUGAGUUACCUCUUCGUUGGUUUCGGUAAACGUUGAGUUUUUCCCAUUUCGUCCGUUGACGUAUGGUUGUAUCUCUUCCAAUCAUUCAUUAAUGUCCGGUUACCUCUCCGUUGGUUCCGAUAAACGUUGAGUUUUUCCUAGUUGUCUGUUGGCAUCUAGUUGUGAUUUCUAUUCCCAUUCAUCGUCGUUGUGAUGUCUGGAUGUGGCCGUAUCCUUUGAGAAGAAAAAACCAAAAAAAAUACCCAGUAAUAAAUAUCAGAUCCCAGUGGACGUUUCCAUUGGUGAAUCCCAGCAGUGUGCAAAUUCUACGGUUCUUGGUAUUCAAUCCCUGUUUACCCUGAAAGUCUGACAGCCGUUGCUCUCAUCCGUUCGGGUUCCCAGUUGAUUGAAUAGGGGCAGCUGUAGCACCUCAAAUUUGCACCUACCUUGUGUACAUACAUUUUCAUAUUAGGUCAUUAACAUAACAUAGUCCACUGCAUAGCAUUGCAUUGUCUUUUGCCCAAGUGCAAGUCAUCGGACAAAACUAGGUCAAGAUGAUCAGGAGAAUCAGUCAAUCAAGCAAGCAAGUGCAUUUCCUAUUGAAGCAAAGCCCUAGGGUUGGUUUAUCAAGUUCAUAUGAUUAUGUGAUCAUUUUGGAGUGGUUUGGCCAAAGAUUGGUUGAUCAAAGCUCAACAGUCAAGCUGAAUUUUAUCUGAAACCCUAGAAAGCCAACUGUAAGUCAACUGAGGGCUAGGAAGUGGAGAGAUGGUUUGAGACGCUUCCUUCAUGUCCCAAAGAAGGUCAUUUGUCAUUACAAACACUUGUCUGGAAGAAGAAAUCAUUUCGUUCUUUUCUCGAAUUAAUCUUGGAAAGUCCAGUUGGGUUGGAUGAUCCUGGUUGAUUACUGAAGAGUUGAUUUGGUUGUGGAAAUUUAAUCGUGGUCGCAUUAAGCCCAUUCAUUUCUUUUUGUUAAGCCCAUAAUUUUAGCCCAUUAACCAUUUUCCAAAUAAUUCCAUUUUAUUAUCCAAAUCAUAAUCCAUAAUCCAUUUAGUUUGAUUUUAACACAAUCCAAUUUAACCAUGAUCCAUUUUUAUAUCCAUUUAACCAUUUGAUUGUUUUAACCAAUUAUCCAACUUUUUGAAUCCAUAAACCACAUAAACCAAAAUCUUAUCCAAUUUGAUUUUUCCAAUCCAAUUUCAUUUCAUUGAUUAAUAUCCCCAAUUUAUCCAAUUUUAAUCCAAGUUCAUUAAUCCUUUUGUAUCCAUUUGGUUAACCCAUAUCCAUUUUUUUUAUCUCACAAAAUCCAAUUAAUCCACAUUAAAUAGUUAUCCAUUUAAACAAUCCUAACCCCUUUAUCUAACACACCGUGUCCGAUUCACCAUCUCUUUUAUCUUUUUUUAAUAAAACAAAAAGAACCGAAUGUGCAGCAGAGGCAAGCUACAGUGGGAAAAGCGUGAAAACAAGUGUGAGCCACGGAAGCUGCAACUUAAACAAGCCAAAUUGAAACGCAAGUCACGGCAGUCCAAAACGGCAACGCAAUUUGAAGUUGCAGCAUACACCAACUGAAGCAAAGCGAAAUAAAAAAUGCAGCAAAAUGGAAGAGCAUCAUGAGUACUCUGCAACAAACCAAUUUCGCCCUACAACCUGCAUAAUAACCAAUCCAUAACAGAAAAAUCAAUAUCAUCACCCUAUAAAAUCAAUCUUCUUCUCAUCUUCCAGCUUCUUCUUCUUCAACCUCAUCGUAUCUCUAACCAAACUUCCAGAACUCCCUCUUCCUCCACUUUCUUCUCCAAUCCUCAUCGCAUCUCUAACAAACCUUCAACCAACUCUUCAAUGGAAUCACUACUGAGUUUCAGUUCCCUCGCCAUCACCCUGUAACAAUCACACACAAAACCUGCAAAAAGAGUCUCUUCGAUCUCUUUCUUCAACUCUCUCGACACCCUUUCACAAUCUCACUAAUCACCACCCCAAUUUCUUCACUCUCUACAUCAUCUAACGAACUUCACUACCCACACCUGGCCAACAGAAUCCAUCAACACGAGAAGAGCAUAAGAGGAAAAUCGAAAAGAAGUAGAAGAAGAAAAAUAAGGCGAAGAAAGAGGGAAGACACCAAGAGAAUACCUGAGACGAACUUCCAUUAACAUCGUCGUUGCGCCGGUCGUCUUUGCCGGCGAAUUCAUUGGUUGUUUCUUGCUGGACCUUGAUUCCGUCCUCAAUCCAUGGUGUCCCUUGCUUCAGUGAAUCUUCUCGAAUCCAACAAUCGAACCGCGCCUUCCACGAUUACAAGUCAAGAUACGUAAGCGCCACGAUUCAAAGUACCAGGGAACGGCGAGGAAGAUUGGAGUAGAAGAAGAAUAGGAGAGUAGAUAAGCGAUUGUUUUGUACCGCAUCAGUAUCCAAACGCCGUCCGCCGCGUGCGUCACCGUCGACAACGAAGGUAUGUGAAACUCCACCGAUUUGACUCGCGUUGAUUACCAUUGUGCAAAUAUGGAUCCAGUGAAUGAUUCUCCCAAACUUGCAAGCUCGAUUACCUCCGUAUGAGGACCGGAUUUGGGAAUAUUCAAUCUAGGGUUCGUGAGAACUUUUGCUUCGGUUUGCAUUUUCGAAUAGAGAUUAGGUUGGAUCAACAGUGGAUUUGGAUUAAGGGAAUCGCAGUGAGUUUGGCCGUGUGGAGGUCGUGUUUGUAGGAGUUCCGCUGCCGUCGGUGAAGAACUCCGGCGCGGCAGAACGGGGAUGGAACCUAGGUUCGUGGUGAAACGGAGUCGUGGUGGUUGAAAACGUGUUGCUACUUAUCCAUUAAGCACUUUUCUUUUCUUUUUCUUUUUUUUGUUUCGGUUGUUUGUUUCCUUCAGCCUGUUGCUGGAUUUGUGCGGUAGUGUAUAAGUGAUAUCAAUUAGAUUACAGUGUAGUUGAUAGGUGUGGUCUAGUUAAUUAGGAUAUAGUUAAUUAAGGUGUGGUUUAGGGAUUAGAAGAUAGUUUAGAUAUUUUAGGAGUAACUCUAGAAUUUAGUUCAUAAUUUUUAGAUGGUGUUUUUACAUAAUUUGUAGAAUGUUAUUUGUGUGUUAAUUUUGGAUAUUGGUUCUGAAUAUCUUUAUGAUUAGUUUAGAAUUAUGAUAAUUAGAAAUGUUAGAAUAAUUAGAUAGUUUAGAAUUAAUUGGAAAUGUUAUUAGAAUUAAUUGAUAUUAGGAGUAGUUUAGGUAAUUAGAAUAAUUAGAUAAUUAGAAAUAAUUCUAGGAUUAGUCUAAAUAGAUUUUUAGAAAUUAAUUAGCAAUAUUAAGUUUAGAUUUUUAAAUAAUUAGAAAUACUAGAUUAGUUUAAGAUUUAAUUGCUUUAAUUAGAACUUACAUAGAAUAGAAAUUUAAUUCAAUAUUAAUCCAUGACUGGUGAAAUGACGAUUCUACCCCUAGGCUUAGAAAUAAUUCAAUCUUGCAUGCUCCCUUAAUUUUAGGACAUGUUAUUACUUGAGUAAAUGAAUUUCAUGUGGAGUUUGAGCUUCCGUUUUGGAUUUUUGUUCCUCUUUGACCCUAGUCUUGUACUAGUGGUUUGUGCUCUCACAUUUGAGUUUUGUUUCAGGUUAAAAGCACAUGUGCUUAUGCUUGAUGAUGCUUAUCCAAUUGGAGUUGGCUUGUUGAUUGUUUAGGACUAACUUUGGUUUUGUUUUGUAGGUUUUGAAACUUGAGUUUGUUCCUUAUGGCUUGCAUUUUUUGUGCACUGAUAAUUGUUAUCUGUUUGUGUUAUGGACUUGUAAUUGUCUGUUGGCUUUUUGUUUGAGCUGAGUACUGAUCAUAUUGGAUUGAUUUCAGGUACCUUAGUUGCUAUAGUUCCCUUGUGAACUUGAUUGUGCUUUGCUUGCUAGCUUGAGCACUGAG